AUGUAUAUGCAGAACUCCUCGUCGAAUAACCUCUUCGGAUCAUUUAACAACCAAGGGAACAAUGCAAAUAAGGGGAUCUUCGGAAAUGCAAACGUCCAGUCCAACCUAUCGAACACGGAUCACUCGUCCAUUUUUGGAGUUUCCAAAACACCGCAAUCGAACAAUGCGCUGGUGAAUAAGAAUCUGUUUAAUAUGAACACGAGCUCCAGUGGAUUAAGUGGAAAUAAGGGGCUCUACGACAAUAUGAAUAGUCAGUCGAACCUAGGUAACAAAAAUAUUUUUGGAGGGUCAAGUGUAGGAAGUGGUGCCAAUCAGGGAAACAUGGGAGGAAAUAACUUAUUCAUGAAUUCGAGCAAUCAGAGUGGCUUAGGUAUGAAGAAUAUUUUUGGGGGAACCACCAAUUUAAAUGCUCCAGGAACGAACAUGUCCAAUAAAGGGAUUUUUGGAGGCAUGCAACAGAAUAACCAGAGCUCUGCUCCGUCGUCCAGUAACCUCUUUGGCAAUUUGUCGUCUAAUCAAACGAGCUCCGGAAAUAUGUUUGGAAAUUUAUCCUCGGCUAAUCAAAAUAAGGGAAAUAGUUUAUUUGGCACAUCGUCUCAGUCCAAUCAAACAGCAGGAAGUAACAUGUUUGGGAAUGCAUCACCGAUGGGCCAAAAUAAGGGUGGUGGAUUGUUUGGGGCUCUGCAAUCGUCUAAUCAGGGCAGUACAAGUAGCAGCAUGUUUGGAGGUGCUGCCGGUGGAAUGAGUCAAAAUAAGGGAAGCAGCACUCUCUUCGGGGGGAUGUCCGGUAGUACGCCGACCAACGCAGGAUCUGGAAAUCUCUUUGGAAAUGCAUCUCCAAUGAAUCAGAACAAGCCUAGUGGUGGGCUUUUUGGAGCGAUGCAAACGCCUACCCAGGGCAGUACCAGUAACAGCAUGUUUGGAAGCGCUGCCGGUGGGAUGAGCCAAAAUAAGGGGAGCAGCAUAUUUGGUGGAUCCUUUGGGACGGCGAAUCAAGGAUCAACACAGAGCAACAUGUUUGGGAAUGCAUCAUCGAUGGGCCAAAAUAAGGGUGGCGGUCUUUUUGGAGCGCUACAAACGCCUACCCAGGGUAGUACAAGUAGCAGCAUGUUUGGAGGCGCUGCUGGUGGGAUGAGCCAAAAUAAGGGAAGCAGCACUCUCUUCGGGGGGAUGUCCGGCAGCACGCCGACCAACACAGGAUCUGGAAAUCUCUUCGGAAAUACAUCUCCAAUGAGUCAGAACAAACCGGGUGGAGUUUUUGGAAAUUUGCAAUCGCCCAGCCAAGGCACAACAAGUAGCAGCAACAUGUUUGGUGGUUUGGGAGCCAGUCAGGCAAAGCCAGCCACGGGUGGGAACCUCUUUGGAGGAAUGUCCUCAACACCAGGGACGAGUGCAACUACGGGAACGGGUAGCAACCUCUUCGGGGGCACAGUGCAGGGUAGCCAAAAUAAAACCGGCAGUAACAUUUUCGGCUCAUUGUCAGGAGGUACACAGGCUGGAAGUAGUAGUAGCCUUUUCGGGGCAACACCUUCUCCAAGUGCUACCACUAUGGGAGGUAAUAACGUAUUUUCACCCUCCAUGACAACGCCAACUAGCCAAAAUAAAUUUAAUAACCUAUUUGGACAGGUUGGAACAGCUGGUCAGAGUACAUCUGUCAAUUCUGCUGCCACGACGGGGGCUUCUUCCACUCCAGGAUUAGGAGGAGCAACGCAAAGUGGUAGCACGAGCAAUAUGUUUGGAAGUGUAUCCACAGGUACGAAUUUGGGUGGCGUAGGUGACAGCAAGAAUAUAUUUGGAACCUCGUCUGGUUUUUCGUUGGGCGCGGGGAAUACUGGUACAAAUGCCACCACUGGAGUUGGAGGAGUGGGAACCGGGUUAAGUACAGGAGGAGUUGGACUAGGUGUGGGAUCCAAUUUGGGAACGACCAUGGGGUCAAGUGUGGGCACCAACAUGGGUACAAACCUGGGUUCCAACUUAGCAUCAAAUAUGAAUGCGACUUUAAACGCGGGGGGAGGUACCGGCACCGGUGCUAAUGCGAGCGGGUCGAGCAUAUUUGGUGGGUUAGGUGGACUAAACUCCAAUUUGGGUGGCGGCACAAUGAUGGGUAGUAGCGGUUUGGGUCAAGCAAUAAGCACAAGUGCAGCAGGAGGAGCGGCAACCAAUAUGUUUAUGGGAAAUAAAACUUUGGGGCCCAAUAACAGCACGUUGAUGAGCACACAGAAUAAUCUGCUGUUAGGCGAGAAGGGAAAGGUAAACAGUUUCAUGGCACCGGAAUUUAAGAGUGAUCAAAAGGACGAAUUGGCUGGUAGUAAGGACAAUUUAGACAAGUCAGUAGAAGAGUUAACGAUUAUAAAAAAGCAAGAGGGCCUUUUCGAUGAGGUGUAUGAAGAGGAAGAUGCGUUUAGCGAAAAGGAAUCAGAAGGGACCUUUUACAAUUACAUUAAUUUAAUUAUAAAUGAUAAUAUCAACGAUAUACAGAAGACAACAUUUUCCCUAUUGAAUGAUCAUGAUUCGUUAAUGUGGGAUAAUUUUAAAAGUAAUAUUUUUAAAAAUUUUGUGGAUUAUUUGGUGAAUUUUAAGCAGAAGAAGAAUCAAAAGGUGGUUAAGAGCAAUGUGUUAGAUUUGGAUCAGCAUGAGUUUCAAAUUUUAAUUUGGCUGUACAAUGUGAAUGCAUGCAAAGUAGAUUUUAUUCCCUUUAAGAGCUUUUACUACCUACUGUUGAGUGACACGAAUUUAAAUUACUCCAAGAUUUUUAUCGGAAAUGUAGACAAGAAUUUAUUUCCUGGCAGCUUUGUCGAAGUGAAUGACCACUACUACAUGAACUCGAAGAACCACUUCUUCAAAUCGCAGAUAAGUAAGUACCAGGAGAGUGAAGCGGUCUCAGUUAGGGAUAGACGGCGGGGCAAGAAAAGGGGGACCAACGCCAUAAACAUAAACGCCCUGGAUGUGGAUUCCAUUUACAAGCAGGUUCUGAAGGACAUCCUGAACAGCCUGCUGAAUAUGAAUUUGUCCAUAACGAAGGAAAACUUGAAGAGGAGGGAAAAGGAGGACUACUACGACAACGGGGACAACCACAACAAUUACAGUAGCGGUAAUGGCAACGUUAGCGGAAGGGAUAAGCUAAAUUCGGGCCCCAACUACACGUACGAAAAUUUACUGCUAAAUUAUCUCUUCGGGACGCUGCAACAUUUGCAUGACAAGUUUUACAAAAUCGAAAUAAGCAACUAUGUUGCAAAGGAUUUAAACCAAAUUGAUGAGUAUUUCGUGGACGCCAAGUCGAACGCCAUCUUUUCCUACUGCUAUGACAAUUUUUAUAAGAACGAAAUGGACAAGGAAAACUGCACCAUCCAUUUUUUUUUCUACCUAGUUAACAUCAUGUUUCGGUGUGGAAAUUAUUUGGGGCUAAUCCAGAUAAUUAAGGGGGACGAAUUUGUGAAAAAUCUAAGCAUUGACAAUUACCUGUACGACUUUGUAAUAUUGCUGAUAAGAAUUUUGUUUUUAAUUUACCAUAAGAGCAACGAGAUAAGCAUCUUCGAGAAUAUGAAAGUAGAUUUUGACUGCACGGACAUUUUCAAGAAAAAAAUUAACAUGUCUGUGUUGAUUAAUUUUUUCCACUCAAUUAUUUACCUGUGCGUUAAUAACAUUUAUGCGUACGAUUUGCUGUGCGUGUUGUUUUCUGACAUUUUUUACAAAAAGGGGUCCAUGUACACCAAUCGGGACAAAAAAAUGGAGAUGAAAAAUAUCUUUCAUUACACGGAGGGGCGGAGCCCCAGCCAUGAGAACACUCAUGAGGAGGAUGGCUAUGACGACGUGGAUUAUGAUGAUAGUUUUCACCACCACCAUCACCAUCAUCGUGACGGUCGUAUGGGGCCGAGUAGGAGUGGCUCCAACAGAGAGGGCGCUCAUCCUAAGGGAAGAGGGUACGAGGGGGAGGAGGGAGCACCUCCAGGGAAGGAUCCCAUGAGGGGAAGGCGCCCAGAGCAAAGAUCCAAAAGUCAAUACAGUGACGACUACUUCGGGGAUUAUAGCGAUCUCCCGUAUGGUGAGCAGUACGACGACUACUAUGGUGAGCGGUACGUGGGUCCCCCGAACAACGGCGGUCGAGGUAGUAGGCGGCCUAGUAACCACCGCAACGGAGGGAGGAGACCCCCCAACUAUGACCUAAUCGAUGAUGAACGGAGAAAUAGCAGACAUAGCAGACGUAGCAGUCGCAAUAGGGGAGAUGAUAAUAGCAACAAUAAUAACCAAUCGAUGAGGGGCUACUUCAGCAGCGAUGAGAACAGCAACAGCGGAAGAGCAAAGAAGGGGAAAAAAGGAAAAAACAAAACCUUCUUCUUUGACAUGUUUACAAAUAUGCUUCAAAAGCCGAAGAAGUCCCAAGAGGAUGAAUUUGGAAACAUCGAAAUAAAUGAAGAAAUGGAGGAUAGAAUGAACAGAGAUUCAGAACACAUAAGUUACAUCGAAUCUUUGGGAAUCACCAACAGGUAUGGCUAUAAUUUUGAGUACUGCAAUAUCGAGACGAGCAUAUGGAUAGAAUUGACUUUGUUCCUUUCGAAGAAUUUUGACUUGUAUGGGAGUAAAUUUCAAGAAAAUUUUGACAUCCUAGAUACGAACUUAAGUUUUUACAAUUACGAUGAUGAUAAUAAUGCAAUUUUAAAUGAUACAAAAUAUAGGAGGGAGAAAAUAAACGGAAAAAUUGAAAAGUUAUUCAUUUGCAUAUCGCACUGUAUUGUGCACGAAAAUAAAGAAUUCUUUGCAAUUUGCUCGAAACUCAAGGUGGAUGAAGUGAUAAAUAAUUUUAUUGUGGUGGAUGGGAAGAUUGCCGAAAAGGUUAAGGGCAACAUUUCGAAAGUUUUAAAAAAUAAUUUCGUGCUCUACAUUAAGUUAUUUUACUACCUCCUGUUAGUGGGAAAUAUCUACACCACUGUUGCGUUUUUGUCGUGCAUAUCGAACAACGUGCAGAGGAUCCUCCUAGUGCUGACCAUAUUUUUGCACAAAAAUAACAUCUUCGAAAAUGAGCAGUUGAAUAAUAUAAAAUUGAGGACGUUACAAUUUUUGAAGUUCAAAAAUGAAAGCGACUCAUUUUUGGAUCAUUCCAUGAAUGGCAUUAAUGACGAAGUUUCCUCUGCAGCAGCAGCAGCAGUAGCGGCCGCAGCGGUGGAAGCCACGGCAAUUGUGGCCACCUCAGCAGCAGACAGGAUGAAUUUAAUUAACCUCAGCUUGAAUAGUAUAGACCUCCCCUUUGACUAUUUUGUACUUCGAAAUAAUAACAUCAACAUUUUGUUAAAGAUAACUUAUCUGCUAAAUUUGAAGACCAGCUUGAGUAUCAAACUGCUGAAGAGCAUUGUUCAGGAGAAUCAAGACAUCCUCUUGCACGAGAGCGUAAUUGGGCACAUAAAUAAUGACGGGAAUAUACUCUAUGGCAAAUUGCAUGACUUCCUAUUUUUGUUUAAGAAUAAGGUGAAAAUGAGAAAGGACAUCAAAUGCUACUUCUUAAUGUACUACGUUUUGUAUAAGAAGAAACUCUUUCACAGUACAAAAUUGCGCAAGUAUAAAAACGAAAAUGACGAAGAGUAUCAUUACAAGUGCAGAAAUUUUAAGUAUGUGCAGAGCAAGAAUAUUAACACGCUGAAUAGGAUAUCCCUGGACAACUCCUUCAUCAGUGUGCACUGCUCCAUUUUGUAUAAAAUUUCUCAGUUUUAUGCCAUCCUGGCGUACUUUGCCAACCAGCGGAAGAACUACAUCAUUUCGUUCAUCUGCUACUACAUCUUGAAGGACGAGCAGAGCGCCAUCAACUCCUUGAUUAGGAUUUACAACGACGAGCUGAUAUACUACUACCACAACAACGAGCGGGAGUACGUCUACAUCCGCAAGUGCGCCUUCCGCUUUUACCACUUGGCCAAGAACAUGUGGCCCUCAAACGUCAAGCUCGAAUCAAUUGAAAACAAGUCGUACCUAAUCCUGAGCAUCCUGUUCAUGAAGAGGAAGAUGUUCGAAGAGGCCUUUAUAAUCUUUUCGUCCAGCCUGAUUCCAGACAACAUGCUGGAGAAGCUCUCCACGGCGGAUUACUACAACAUCGAUUUGUCCUCCAACUUUUUGAUGACGCUGAGGGAGCUGUGUCGACAGAACUAUCAGAUAAACGAACUGGUAGGACAGACCACCCUUCACGCCGUUGUUAAAUUUUUGCUGCCCAUCAAGGACAAGUUGGAUGCUCAAGUUGUGGAAAGCAUCAACUACCUGAGCACAUUAAGCUUUUAA